AGGUAUUAGAAUGCCUUUUCUACCGUUAAAAUAUGAGUAUUUCAUCGUCAAGUAGUGGCGCCACUCUAUCGCCUCUUUUUUUUUUCACAUGAGCUCUAUGGCUGCUUUCUAGUUUCCAAAGCACCAAUCGUUUCGUUUGUUCUCUUUACUAAUCGGCACCGACUGCGCAUGCGCGGCGAUUCCACGUGCUUCUGUCACAAAACAGACGCUAGUGCUGCAGAGGCGCCGAAACAGCCAUGGCUGAAGAAAGCAAGAACGGAAACACGCCUCCUGCGUUUACCUUCGGUGAAGAAGCAACGCCGAGCACAAGCCAGGAAUUCUUCGAAGGCGCUUCGGGCACUCCCGAUGGUUGCAAUACGACUUCUGACGACUUCUUCGAAGACUUGUGGAACGCGUUCAAGAGACUCAGCUAUUCCGAGGACGUUACGGGCCAUACACAUGUCACUGAAAGCGGAAUCAGUAAUUCCCCGCCUAUGGCGUCCAGCAGCAGCAGCAGUCACCCACAGCCCAGUACAAGCCACGCUGGCACGGAGGAAAUAUCGGCCAUUCCGGAAAACAUCGCUAGCAUUGCUGACGAGGCCUGGAAGUACCAGUGGAACACACAGCCCACGCCGAUAACUGGGGGGACUUGCAACAUCGACGGUGUCACUGAGAACGGGAGCACAAGUUGCCAGCACCUGGGGUCCACCAGCAGCAUCGAUAACGCAAGGCCCAGCACAAGCCUCGCUGGCAUGGAGGAAGCAUCAGCCAGUUUUGAAGACUACGCCACUUGCAGGAAUGCUACUGGAACCGGAGAAAGAGAACUGCAAGAGUUGGGCGGUGUCUGUGGCAAUGUUCCCAGCGGAAGGAGUGCAUUACACGGGUAUCCCAUGGAACCCACGGGUGACACAGCCAAUAUCUACAAAGCAUCUGGUGAAUCAUCUCUGAAGCAGUCGAAGCUUGCAGAACAUUGCCGCAAACGUUCUCGCGAAAACCACAAAUGCGAAAGCUGUGGUAAACAGUUCUACCGGUCUGAUCAUCUUGUUCGACAUUACCGCACACACACCGACGAGAGACCAUACAAAUGCGAAAUAUGUGAUAAAAUGUUUCGGCGUUCUUAUGAUCUAGAUGUCCAUAAGCGCAUCCAUGCAGGCGAGAGACCCUACAAAUGCGAAAUAUGUGAUAAAUCAUUCUCGCACCGAUCGACUCUUCGUAAACACCAGCUCACUCACUCGGACGAGAAACCCUAUGUCUGCCUUAUAUGUACUAGAGCAUUCAAAGCAAAAGACAGUCUCAAGCGUCAUCUCAACUUGAAUUGUAGAUACGGAGCUUUGGUUUGCGAUAUGUGUAAUCUAUCCUUUCCGGACAACUCACAACUAAGUCAUCACCGCCAAGCCAUGCACGGGGAUAAAACAUCGCAUUAGUGUACGCAUUGUGGAUUCAGUUUUGCAGAGAAAGCAACCGUCGAUGAAUAUCUGUGUCACAGUAAUAGCUGGUACCUAUGUGGAAAUUCAUUUGAAGACUAAGCUCAACUGAUCACACACCUCGCUACGCAUAGGGCUGAGCAUCCGUGAUAUUCCGAGUGGUACGCAAGUUAGGUCAAUCGCCCGCGGUUUUCGCAUAAUAACGCGAGGAGGGACACCGUACAGAGAAACCACGCUGACGUUCCUUCACAGGCGUGAGCAACUAACUAAACCAUGUGCAGAGACCGGCUUCUUUUGACAUUUGAAACGGCUCAGCAAAACACUGCUUUUUAGAAAUUACGAGACAAGACGUCGUCGCCGCAAUUUUAUCGUUCUCCAACGUCGAAGUACACAGCAGGUCAUGGUCAGCGCUCACUGUUUGAAAAAAUGUGUUGUUCGCUAGCGUAGCUUAAGGAAUCUCAUGUUAAGACAAAGCUUGAUGGGCUACGAGUGCGUAUUUUUGUGCAAUUAGAAGCUUGAAGUGUCCGCGCAUGAUUCUUGACACCUCGUUUAGAUGGAGAAGUGCUUUGUGGAACCGUUAUGUACAGUGUGCUAGAAAACUAGUUUCAUUUACAAUCCUAUUGGUGUUUCUGUUGUUUGAAUAGAAGAAAACAUCUAUCAUUAGGAACCAUUUAAAAAGUAGGGCUGUUUUUUUUGUUAACUCAAAAGCAAUCUCUGCAAUUAUUUCAGGUUCUUCAGCCAUGUUGCCUUCAGCAGAAAAUACUUAUAGUGGCUUUUACGGAAUAUUUAUUUCCUUAGGAAAUAAAUAUUCUUAUAGGAAUAAAUAUAAAUUAUAGGAACAUUUAUUUCCUGUAAUUUUUUUCAAUGCAUUGAGUACUUUCGUUCUCUUUGACUCUUGUAUGCUUACUGAAAUAUUUGUUCACUAGCAUAAAUUACGCUGUUGACAGUAGCGAGACUUUUAAACUCAGAUGGUUUGGAGCUUCCCUAUAUGACAUGCUCUCGAUGUACAAAACUUUUAUAUAUUGUUUUAUUUUGGUAGAACAUUUGUCAGUCUUAAGCUGCAGUUUUUAUUCACUCGGAAGUUGCAUGUUUUGACUCGGCCUGCUCUUCAUUUAAAGCUGUAAAAUCUUAGUCUUAUUUGACAAACGCCUCCGUGCGAGCAGUGACAUGUCAAGUAAGAUGCAGGUAUGCAUAUUGACAAGCGUACAUGUAUAUCUCUUUACUUUCAACCCGUUUGAACAGCUAAGAAAUCUUAAGUUACUGCUCAGUGCACGACGGGCCUUCAUGUAUCAGAACAUUUUCGAACUUUCUCGUCGAAUAGUUUUGAUGUUCUUUUGUAAACAAAUUGUAAGCGCGACGACGAUAGAAAUGUUUAUUCCUAAAGGCGUGCGAGCGCCAGCGAUGACGCUGCAAUAUUCGACAAAUCACGUGGGAAUAGCCGACGCUGAUUAGGCACAAACCACGUUUUGGAUGGUCGGCCCAUGUGCCCGGCACUAUCUUUCUGCACGAGAAUAAUCUGUUUUAUUAGUUCUGUUACGGCAAAUAAAAAGUAUAUCUCGACUCA